AAACUAUACACUUUGAUCCUUUCACCUGUGGGUGAUUCAAAGUGAGAAAGCCCAGUCUCUCAUUUUCACAUAUUUGGGAAUAAUGCAAGUUCUCAAAAGUUUGAAUUACGUUUUGUGAAGUGACUAUGGAUCUGGAAGUUACUGGUGGGAAAGUAAGCGAGGUGUGGGAAGGGUUAAAGGUAAAGGUGUGGGACUGACCUGGGCAGCAUGCCAGUGGCACUCUGUGGAAAAGCUGUCUGAGAGGGGGCCUCUUACCUGUUGGUGGAGUUGAGUCCUGUUAACCAGGUUAAUUUAGAACUGCCCAGGAAGAGUGAGUAUUUAGACUUGUCCUUAUUAUUAAGGAGCUUCUCCAUAUUUACUUGUGGCAGCUGCUGUACAGGUAACUCUCUUAAUGCUACAAAAAUGAUACAUAAAAAGGAGAUAAAGCAGUGCAAAUACAGAGAAGAAUAUAGGAUGUUAAUGGGUGUUAUAGUAUCAAUACUGGCAUUUGCUGCUUUAAGUAAUUUAUAUCAUAAAAACUAUGUGUGUAAGUAUUAAAGGGGAAAAAAAAAAACACCCAAACAAAACUACAUUGGUAACAAAAUUUGUUCUCUCAGCUCUGAAAGAACAGCUUCCCUUAUGCAUCUGGGGGAUAAGCAAAUGGCACCAAACCAUUUAUUUUGUUCUGCUUUUCUCAAUUUCAUCUUCAACGUAGCAAUAAUUAUCUACAUUGGAAGACAGCUGGCUUGACAGGAACUGCGAGUCAAAAUGAUUUCCUGGGCAGAGGAUCUUUCAGGUUUCUGCUAAUUCCUUGUUGUCAGUGCUGGCUUUCACAUCUUUACCAAGAACAGCAACAAAAUGCUACAAUUUAAAUAAACAGUAGUUAUUGUACUGCUCUUAAAAUCUCCCUAGACUACAUGGUUGGAAUAGGAAUUGCUGACGUUCAACAACAAAUAAUGCAUUAAAAAGCCAAAGCCUGCUGUGACACUGCUUAACAAUUACCAGGGAAAGUUAGUUCUUUGUGAGCAAAGCCAGCCCUGCCCAGUAACAGUUGCUACGGAGGGAGCUGGAUUAAGGCUGAAAGGGGUCACUUCGUACAGCCCUCCCUGUCAUCUGCCUGCAGCAUGUUACCAAGUUGUCAGCAUGUGUGAAUCCUAAUCUGAAGGCAAAUGUUUCGGCUAACUUGGUAAAAAGUAAUGGUCAAUGGUUUUUCUCUCUUCCCUGGCUUACAUGUUUUCUGUAGCAACAAUAAGCGCUUUGCCUGCAAGCAAGAGAUCGAUCGGGGAUAGAGUUCUGAUGUUUUGGUAACUGCGUUACAGAAAAAAUACUAGCAUACCACAAUGAUUAGAAGUCCCGAUCUGGACUCCUUUGUUCGUUGUGCUGUAUGUUCAAAAAUAAUACCACCACCACCUUCCAAUGCUACUUUUGAUCGGAUCCGGGAGUAUAAGCCCUUCAGAACACGAUAUUACACUCAUCGUGAUAUACUGGAGAUUGGAGCAGACAUUCAACAAGAACAACAUGAAAAGGAAGAGGCAGAGAUACAAGAGCACAUUGAAAAAAUGAAAGCUGAACUUUGGUCUCAGGCUGAAAUGCAGAAGCAAGAUGCAGUGGAUAAAGCUCUCAAAGAGGCAGCCGCUAACCACAGUGCAUUUGUGCAAGACCUUAAACAAAAACUUGGAAAGGAAUUAAGGGAAGAGGUGAGGAAGGCAAAGGCAGAGGUGCAACAGUACAUGGAGGAUCAGCAGAAGAGAGAGGCUGAAGCUGCGGAGCAGCGCAUGGCUCACAGACUUCGGUGUGCCCUCAUGGAGUGUGCCCGGGAGAAAAUGCAAGCAGUGGCUGAAGCCAGGAAACAGGAGAGGGAGGCGGCCCUGAAGGAAGCAGCCAGGCAGCACAGAAAGCACUUAGAGCAACUCAAAGAAGAACAUAUGUUAGCUGAGGACCUGUAUCAGAAGAGUAUAGAACAAUUAAACAAAGAAAAAUGUCAUGAGAUUAAUACUGCUCUGAGUAUCACACAAAAAGAGAAUCAGAUUGAGACUGAAAAACAGCUCAAAGAAGCAGAGACCCUGCAUCUUGAUGAGCUGGAAAAAGUGAUGGUUACAUUGAAAGCAGCAGAAGAACAGGUAAAGACUCUCAUGCAAAAACUGGAGAAGAUGACAGAUUGGAAGGACAGCCUGGAAGCUGAAAUACAAGCAACAAGACAAGCUUUUCAAAAGUAUAUUGAUGCCACAUUUCCUAACCUGUCCCCUGGACAAGCAAAUUUUAUUCUGCCCUUCAGAGAAGCAUUUCAGCAGAAGGACACCCCAGAAGAAGAAGAGAACAGUGACGAGUAAUAUAAGAGAACCAGUAUUAGAAGCAUGAGAUUCACAGCCAUGGGUAAACAGAACUACAGUAGGUGA